CUGAAUCCUCUCGAUAAGACAGUGUUUGGACCCUUUUCUAAGCAGUACAACCGGAAAUGUACCGAGUUCAUGUCACAAUCUCCGAGCAAUUUGGUAUGUAAAUGGGUGUGGCCUAGUCUUUUCAAGUACGCUUAUGAAAGGACAUUUACAAAACAUAACAUAACGAAAGGCUUCUCGGCAUGUGGCAUUUAUCCACCUGACAAAUCAGCCAUACCCGAUAACGCAUUUAUGCCUUCUAAUGCUUUCGACACCUUUACCAGUGAAAUGGACACCGCCGCGUUCAGCAAUGCCCUCGACGAGUCUGCUUCGAACAGAGACCAAGAGCACCCCAUGCAAAAGAAUGAAAUGGUCAACGAGCCUAAGAGUCAGCUUGAAGAGAGAAACCCGUACGAUGAAUUGGAUGCUGAACUUCUGGGAACAGCAGAUGACAGCGGAACAUUAACUUUAGAGUCGGUAACUGCAGCAGAAGUGUUGGAUGCAAUAAUGCGGUCCGAAAUGAAUGUCAACGCUGAAGGCAGUGGGAUUUUACAAGAAUCAAAUGAACACACAAUAGAACCGCACAAUUUCACCAUAAUGGAAUCGCCUACUUCCUCAAUCGGUCAGGCACCGGAUAAUGUGGGUCAAAUCCCCACGCCCGAGUUGCUACAAGAUACUCAUACAAUAUCGGUAAAAGUAACAUCUCCUAGCGAAGAAAUUGAUCGCAUAUUUGCUCUCCCCAAGCCAAUUACGUCAGUAGGCAAGUCUUCAAAAAGAAAGUUGACGUCCCGCAGGUUACUCACCAGUGAUGAAAUUGUUAGGGAGAAGAUGGAAAUAAAGAAGAAGAAAGAAGAAGAAGCAUUAAAGAAGGAGGAAAGAAAACUAGCCAGACUAAUGAAACAGGCCAUGAAAGAAAAUAUCAAGCCGAUUCGCAAACGUUUAAUAUAA